UAUAUGGUUCCGACCAGACGCGCAUCAUCAGUGUCGCUUGAAAAUAGUAAAAUUUGUAACAAGCUUUAUUUUCCAAAUGUCGAACGGAAAUAGGAGCAAUCACACAGAUAAAUCGAUUAUGAAAAGAAAAGUAGGGAAAUGGUGUACAAAAAAGCAAAAAUCUGCCACCUACUCAGAGGAGACUCUACAACAGGCACUCAAAGAUGUCCGGGCUGGUGAAUCAAAAAAAUCAGUUGCCCAGAAGUACGGGAUACCUAGAGCCACUAUCCAGUUUCGACUGAAAAACAAGUUAGCUGGAGCAAAACGAGGUCGCAGAACAUACUUGACUGAAGAAGAGGAAGCUAAAAUUGUCAAUUGGAUAUUGGAAAAUGACAGGAAGGGUUUUCCAAGAAGACAGAUUGACCUACAGCUAGCAGUGAAGUCAUUCCUUGAUAAUCAUGAAAGGGACAAUCCAUUUACGAAUAACUUUCCCGGUAUACACUGGUACAAAUUAUUCAUGAAACGACACCCACAACUGAGUGAGCGCACUGCUGAAGGGAUUACAUCUGCUUCCUCAGUUGUUUCCGAAAAUAAUAUAAGAGGAUGGUUCAGAGAUAUUGAGAAGUACCUUAAAGAGAAGGAUCUGUUUUCAAUAUUGGCGGACCCAAGUCGCGUAUUUAAUGGCGAUGAAACAUGUUUUCAGUAUAAUCCAAAAUUGGGAAAGGUCAUUGCACCAAGAGGUAAAAAAAAUGUUUACGAGGUUGAUCUGGGUAAAACCAAGGAAAAUUUGACGGCAAUGUUUACAUUUUCUGCCUCAGGUAUAACAACGCCGCCAAUGAUCAUCUACCCAAACAAGAGGCUCAAGUCGGCUGUAGCAAAUGUCAUACCGGAUGAAUGGGCGAUAGGUUUGAGUGAAAAUGGCUGGAUGAAAUCGGAAAUAUUCAUUGAUUACAUACAAAACCAUUUAUAUCCCCAUUUGAAACAAAUUAAUACUAGAUUCCCAAUCAUUCUUUUCGUUGAUGGUCAUAAAUCACACCUAUCUCUGGAGCUGAGUGAGGUUUGUACCAAACUCGAAAAUGUUUUGGUUGAACUAUACCCAAAUUGCACAAGAAUUAUGCAACCAGCUGAUGUAGCCAAUUUUAGACCGCUCAAAAGCUUAUGGAACAAAUCUGUUCUACAAUGGAGACAUGAAAAUCCUUACUGCCAGUUUGGCAAAGAGCAUUUCGCACCAGUUUUAGAAACUGCGAUAAAUGGACUUAACAAAGAGUCAACCAUUAAUGGAUUCAGAGCAUGUGGCCUUUUCCCAUGGAAUCCAGAUGCUCCGGAUUAUAGUAAAUGCCUAGGGAAAAAACAAAUAGGGCUGAGAUAUCAGAGAGACAAGAGCAGCUACAAUCCAAUGUUAGUAAUUAUGAAGAUAUAUGGAAUGUUUUCGAUGAACUAUUAG